GCUUUUAUCUUCAACCUCGCCCACCCUGGAUCAUCUGUGUCCUCCUCCACGUACAGAUAACAGUGUAUAUAUAAUAUGAAGACUUGAUCAGACGUGAGAUCAGCGCCUUCACGUUACUCCACCUCAACGGCAGUUUGAACGUAACCUGCGGGGCCAAACGGAGCAGCGGAAGCAAGCAGCCAUUCAAACACCUCUUCACCGCGGGGAUGUGAGCGCUGAGAGACCCUCUAGUCUCUAACAAUAACGGAGGACCGCUGUGAUUUUGAGACUUUGAGAGAGAGAGGGAGGAAACCAACAGAGACAGACCUGCUUUUCUGCGGUCGGAAGUUUAGAGAAGUUGAACCUGUUGUUAAACAACUUGAAUCUUCAGUUGAACGUCUCCGCCGCGGACGUUAGAGACGUUGGAGACGUUAAAGACGUUAGAGACGUUAGUAACGGCUGUGAGUGGAGGACUUCUUAACACUCCUCAACCGUUUAUAAAUAGUAUUAGUUCGUUUUUACUACCAGUCUGUUAGUUAAUGAAGACGUAAUGGUUUAGUUAAUUACACUUAAACAGGUGUUGGGACUAUUUUUUAAUGGAAUCCUCCGCAGUCUUGGGCGUGUCAGUGAGCAGCUCUCCUCGGCAUUGUUUCUUUGGUCUGUGCCAUCCAUCUCAUCAUGGACAGCCUGCUGAGCGGGGCCAGUAAAGGGGCCAGUGCCCUUCAGUCAGCACAGACCUCAUCACGUCAUAGAUGCUGCUCACUGUCUCUACCCUUGUAUGAGUGACUAUUAAGGAAACAAUAAAGCUUAAAUUCCUCUUUAGUUUGAACAAAAGAGCCAUGCAUCCGCUGCUGCCCCUCUGUGUCUUUUGGCUGCUGCCCCUGGCCUUGACGCAAGAAAACGCACCGCUGGUCUGCAUCCCCCGCAGAUUUGUGCCCUACCAUGGGGACAACGCCCACCUGUUUCACGAGGAAGGAGUGUUCAACUACUCCACCAUGCUGUUGAGAGAAGAUCUGGGCCUGCUAUUGCUGGGUGCCAGGGAAGCGGUGUAUGCUCUUGACCUCAACGACAUCUCCAAGAAACUUGCUUCAGUUAAAUGGGAAGUGACGCAACAGCAAGAAGAUGAGUGUAAGAAAAAAGGAAAAGAUCCUGAGACGGAGUGCAAGAACUAUAUCAGGGUCAUGCAUCAGACGGAGGAUAACAGGAUGUAUGUGUGUGGAACCAAUGCGUUUGAUCCCGAGUGUGAUUACAUGUCGUACGCAAAUGAAAAGCUGACUCUUGAGAAGAAAGCAGAGGAUGGCAAAGGGAAGUGUCCAUUUGAUCCUGUCCGGAGUUAUGCCUCCGUCAUGGUUGAAAACAACCUAUACUCCGCCACUACAACGAACUUCCUGGGUUCUCAACCCGCCCUGUCGCGCAGCUCUCCUGUCAUACGCACUGAGUUCAAGAGCUCCUGGCUUAAUGAGCCCAACUUUGUCUCCAUGGCUCUGAUGCAAGAGAGUGACCUAAGCGUGGAGGGAGACGAUGACAAGGUUUACCUGUUCUUCAGCGAGAAAGCUGUGGAGUGGGACUGUUUCAGCAAACUGGUUGUUUCCCGCGUGGCCCGUGUCUGCAAGGGGGAUAUUGGAGGCCAGAGGACCUUGCAGAGAACAUGGACAUCCUUCCUGAAGGCCAGAAUGGACUGUCCAAUGCUGAGGCCUCAGCUGCCGAACGUUAUCCAGGACACUUACCGCUCGUGUAACCCGAAGAGGCCCUGGAAGGACUGUUUGUUCUACGCCAUCUUCACACCACAGUCGGACCCUUCAGACCUGUCUGCAGUGUGUGCGUACCGCGUGUCUGACAUCAGCAAAGUUUUUGCAGAGGGGAAGUACAAGAACCCAGUCACCGUAGAAACCUCCCAUGUUAAGUGGGUGAUGUACAGCGGAGAUGUGCCCGUCCCUCGGCCCGGAGCUUGUAUAGACAAUGAGGCUCGUAAAGCGGGCAUAACUCAGACUCUGGACCUCCCAGACCGGACCCUUCAAUUUAUCAAAGAUAAACAGCUCAUGGACCAAGCUAUCCAGCCAAUAGAUGACAAGCCUGUUCUGGUGCGACGGGGAUCUACAUUCACACGCAUCAUAGUCGACCAAGUGCAGGCAGCAGACGGAGAGAUGAACUGCGUGAUGUUCAUAGGCACAGAGGAAGGCACAAUUCUGAAAGCAGCGAACUACGAUGGAGAGAUGUUCAUCAUAGAGGAAGUGCAACUCUUCCAACCCCCAGAGCCAAUCAAGAUUCUGAAAUUCUCUAAUGUCACGGGUCAGCUGUAUGCAGGCUCAGACAGCGGAGCAGCUCAGUUACCACUGGCCACCUGUGGGAGGUCCUCAUCCUGUAUGGACUGUGUUCUAGCCAGAGACCCAUACUGCGGCUGGGACAAAGCUGUUGGGAAAUGUGUUCUCCUUUCCAGUUCAAAAAGAAAACUAAUCCAAAGUGUGAAAGUAGGAAAUGCCUCUCUCUGCCCAGAUCCUGAUCCUUUGGAUCCCGUGAAUCAGUUCAUCUGGCGCGGGGGAAAUGUGGAGCUCCGCUGUUCUGCUCCCUCCAACCUGUCGAAAACCAGCUGGGAGCGGGACGGCAGCCCUAUCGCCUCUUCGACUCGCUGCCAACUUCUACGAGACGGACUGCUCAUCCUCAACGCCACAGACUCUGACACUGGUCGCUACCGCUGCCAGUCUGUGGAGGUCUCCAAAGCCGGCAAGUACACAACCACUGUGGCCGAGUACCAGGUUAGCAUGGCAUCAGGAUCUGGCGCUGGGAGAGGGAUUCUUCCCCGGCCUCAGAUAAAUGCCGCCUCUGUGACUGGACUGCAGGCCGUAGUCGGGCUCCUUGUAUUUUCUCUUGUUGUACUUUUGGCUUGGAACUUUUACAAAGGCCACCUACCGCUGCCCUGGAACUGCGGAAAGAUGAAUAGAGAGCAAUCCCGGAAUUCACUGAGGAGGCCUGCAUCGGUAGAGGACAAGUGCCUGGUGUCGGAAUCAAGCAGCAGCCGUAAUAACAACCAAAUGGGAGGGGAGGCGGCAUUCAGUGCGGCUGGGGAGAACAACGGCCCACAAGUUGAUCUUCAAACGCUGCAGUGUACUUAUGACGAGUCCGAAAUUUGAAAAUGACAAGCGCAAUGCUGUGUUCAGUUUCCCGUUCAGCGCCCCUGAAGUUUGAGAAAGGAAUGGUAAUGGCCAAAAACUUUUGUUUCUAGGCAGAUACUAGAUUUAUCAGUUCAGCUGUAAUGUUUGAGAGUUGAAUCUCAAUUUAUGGGAGCCAAAAAAACCUUCUGAGUGGUUGAAACUUUGUCUUCAGACACUCCAAAAGAUUGUAUAAUAUGAAUUUUGUACAAGUAUGAGACACUUGAAUUUCUGCUUUACUUCUUUGUUGUGUUUUAUUACACUUGUCUGUACGUUUAAGUGUUUUAGCUUCCUACUAAUUGUUGUAAAUCCCUUUUAUAAAUUUGAAAUAUCUUGUAAAGAUUGGUAUGAUUUUCACAGGGAAUGUACAUUAACUGAAAUUGAGCCAUUUCAUUUCUAACCACUAGCUGCCAGGAUUUUGUUUUAUUGUAUUAUUAAACCUUUUCUACCUGGUC